AUGAGGAGCUGGCUUCUGUACACCAAAGAGCCUCCAGUGUUUCAGCGCUUUGACCACCUCCUCCGGCGAGAUUUCCUCAACGCCUUUAACUGGACACGGACAGUGUUCCCUGACUCUACCUUCAAGGGUGUAUAUGGAGUCUUGAAAGAAAGACCGUUGCCGAAAAAAGAUUAUGGUAAGAAAAGAGGGUGUCUCUGUUCGAAGAUAUUCUACUUGUCUUUCGAGAAUUCCUUGUGUGAAGAGUACGUCACAGAAAAGUUUUUCAACAUUUUCGAGGAAGUUGACGUCAUCCCCGUGGUAAGGGGCGGGGCCAGAUACGAGAAGCUCCUCCCACCUGGCUCUUUCAUCAACGCCAAAGACUUCGAUUCUGCCGAGCAGCUGGGAAAAUAUCUGCGUGUGUUGGCGAACGACAAAACCAAAUACAUCAGCAUGCUCAAGAAGAAAAACAGGUACACUUUAGGCGAGUAUCCGAAGCAAAAGUUCCCGUGUGAGAUAUGCAAGGCGCUGAAUCUGGGCGAACCGAAGAAUGUAUACAGAGACGUCUAUGGUUGGAUGUGGAGCCACUGCUGGGAGCCCUUGGAUGUUUGA